UUUCUUUUUACACCUUUUGCUACUACUCGUCCAUCUCUCUGAAUAUAGCAAUAGAUUCCGCUAAAAAUUACUCUAUAUCCGUUCUCUGUUAAGUGUGGCUACCUUAACUGAGAACGGAUAUAGAGUAAUUUUUAGCGGAAUCUAUUGCUAUAUACAGAAAGAUGGACGAGUAGAGGCAAAAGGUGUAAAAAGGAACAAAAUGUAUAUGAUGUUUGACAAAAAUAACUUUCCAGAUGGGGCACAAGUCUAUUGUGUGAAGCAGAAGAUUAUGCAUGACAGGUGUAUCCAUCAUCUUCACAGAGCGAUGGGUCAUGCACGUGUAGAGGUGCUCAGAAAGACUUUAGAAAUAUGCACAGAUUUUGAGUGUGAGAAAUGUGAAAAUUUAUUAGACUGUGCAGUUUGUUCAGAGAUGGGAAUUGAAUCAAAAGAGCAUCCAAAAAGAUCUGGAAUUAAGACCCAGGAAAUGUUUGAAAUGGUCCAUCUAUAUGUAACAGAAUCUGAUGUAAAAAGCCAGGGAGGUUCUCAAUUUACUUUGCUGUUAGUAGAUAGACACACGAGAUUUGGAUAUAUUUACUUCCUUAAGGAUUUGAAGGAAGCUGUUGUAAAGGUGUCUAAUUGGAUAGACAUGGUUCAAAGGGUCUAUGAACAGCAUGUAGGUCAAAUAGUUUUUGACAAAGGAGUUAAUGUGUGUAAUGAAGAGAUGAAGAAAAUGUUGAGUGAAAGGAAUAUAGGAUUUAAAAAUGUAAAAUCAAAUAAGUCAAAUGAAGAAGGCGUGGCUCAAAAUAGGAUGAAGCAAAUUCUUCACAUGAAUGAGUGUUUAAUUAGAGAUUCCAAAAGCUCAACUAAGAAUUGGCCAGAGUGUUCACACACAAGUAAUUACAUUUUAAACAGGUUAUGGGAUGAGGAAUUGGAUGACAUCCCAUUUCGGAGAAUGUACAAAAAAUCUCCAAAUAUAGGAUAUCUAAAAGUAUAUGGUCAAAAUGCUAAUGUAUUAGUUCCAGCCAAUCAGAGGAAAAAGGGUGAGCCUAAGUGGAGAAGGAUGCAGUUUUUAGGCUACUACCAAGACAAGCUUAAAUUUCACAGUGGUCUUGGGAGGCUUAUUUUCUCAAAGAAGGCGUUCUUUGAGAAGGAUGAAGGCUGGGACAGGUUGCAUUUGAACAAAGAGAUGUUGUUUAAUAACAAUUCCACCAAGGAAGCGGAGGUACAGAAAGCUUCAGGUGGAGGGGGUUCUGUUGUUGAAAAAGAUAUGCAACGAACCAUUAAGGAGGAGAUGGUUACUCCAGUGAAACAUGGGGAAGUACAGACUCCCCAGAAGAGUCAGAAGAGAGGGGGUAAAGGAAAAAAAUCACCUAAGCUUGAGAGUGAAGAGCAGGUGACAGAAAAAAGUGAAGAUAUAUCUCUUCUUGAGACCGAGAUUGAAUCAGUUGAUCAGUGGUCUCCAACUUGUCAAUUGGCACAGGUGUUGCCAAAGCGCCAGAGAUGCAAAAACAUUGUGCCUGUUUAUUAG